UCUGUGUUCUUCACUCGUGGAAGGCCUACAUCCUGGACACCAUCUACGAAGCCUACGUCGGGUUCACCGUUGCUGUGUCUGGAGGCCCUACAAGGGCACAGCUAUCACCACCGCAAGGCCUUGGUUGACCUGCCAACCCCUCUUCUGCGAGGCAAUGCCACCACGCCUCUUCCUGAAGCGGUCUUUCAUAGGAGAUCCGAAUGGUACAGAUGAUGGACGACGAUGAACUUUUCACCUAUGCAAAGGAAAUUGGAGCUCCAAUUGAGCUUUUGCAGCAGGUGAAGAAGACAGGCAAGCUUCCAGUUGUGAACUUUGCCGCUGGUGGCGUGGCCACUCCUGCAGAUGCUGCGUUGUGCAUGCAGCUUGGAGUUGACGGUGUUUUUGUAGGCAGCGGCAUUUUCAAGUCCUCAGAUCCUGCCAAGCGAGCACGUGCUAUUGUGAAGGCGGUGACCCACUUCAAAGACCCCCAGGUGAUUGCUGAAGUGUCCGAAGACUUGGGAGAGGCAAUGACUGGCAUCAACUGUGAUGGUCUUGCAACUCGAUUUGCGGACAGGGAAGGUGGAAAUAUGCCUGCGGCAAAGAAGCCGAGAAUGGAGUCUUAUGCGGACCACAAGGGCCUUGCAGGCACAGCAUUCUGAUCAGCUCAUGCUGUGAUUUUUUCGAUACCACCCUGGCCGGAGUGGAUCGUCGCCAUUCGUUGCCGUGCAAACCCACGGAAAUCCCAACAAUUCGAUUUUGGUUUCACUGGCAGAUCAGAGAUGUCUCUGCAAAGAUCCGGAGUCUCUGGAGGAGAUUCUAGGAUAUCCAGAGCCACUUCAGCAUUUUCAGCUUUUGUGCCAGGAUGAGUGUGACCCAGCUCGGCUGUGCUCACCUAUCCUUAAGCAGCAUGCCAGAGCAUGAGUGUUCGUUCGUUUUCUCCCCGGCAUGAGCAUACGUGAAGGGGACGCAAAAGCUCGCCUCAAUUAUGUCGCGCUGAUUCUCUAGUCCGUGUUUCCAGAGGUGAAUUCUGACAAUUGCUCAGCACAUUCAGAGAUUUUGACAACGGUGGAUGGUGCCC